AUGGCCCACAUGGCAGCCGGGAGUCUGGCUGCGUGAUGGACCCAGCAGAAAGCACAACGCGGAGGAUCGGAGCGUCCCCUCGUCCUCGACAAGGUAACGGAACGAAGGGUGUCGAGGCGCGUGGAGGCGGAGCACGCCGCCUCCGCCUCCUCGUAGCCAUCCUCGCCUUCGCUCGUGCGCCGCUACUACUCUCGCUCUCCGGAAUCCGUAUCCGUCGGCGGAGGCGCCGCUUCAGGGACUCCCCGGACGGCAGCCGCCAGGGCCGGGGAGCGCGGCGCCAGUGGAAGUGCAGGCUGCUCGGCUCCCUGGGCGGCCUCCGCCCGCGGCGCCCGCGCUGCGUGGUGUGCCUGCAGGUGCAGCACGUCACCGGCCUGCCCCCGGCCGCGGAGGGGCACGGGGUGGUGGUGGGGUGGCGGGGUAAGGGCGGCGAGGGGGAGCACACGGCCCCGGCGCUCGUGGCGCGGGGCGCGGCCGCGUUCGACGAGGUGUUCCUGAACUACUUCAGCGCCGGCGGCGCCACGCUGCGGAGCUUCACAGUGUGGGCGGCGCUCGUGCACGCGGCGGCCAACGGGGAUCUCGGCGCGUUCCCCGUCGACCUCACCGAGGUCGCCGCGGCGGAGAGCUCCCACCCGAGGUUCGGAGGCAAGGCGCUCAGCUUCCCACUUGGCGGGGCGGGCGCCGGUGCAGUACUCACGGUGAGCGUCUACUGCAGAGUGAUGGAACACGAGGAGACCCAUGGAGCCAAUGGUCAUGCACGAGGGAAGAAGAACCACAAGGGCUCAUAUGCUUCCUGCCUGCCGGACCUAAGCUGUCUCCGGAACCGGCAGGUGGCAGCGGCAUCAAGCUCGGCGCGUCGUGCAACGUCCAUCCGUUCGGACCGGGGCGACUUCAUCACGAUCGAGAACUCGGUGGCUGGGAUGGACGGGGCCGGCGCCUUCCGCGUGGCUGUGGCGGAGGACGUGGACGAGGAAGGCGCGGGGUUCAUCACCAUGGAGAAUGGCACCAUGACCAUCUCGUCCCGGUCGAGGCGGCCGCUGCCGGACACUGUGGAUGACAUCGCCGGCGCGCUGCCGGAGGACGAGAAGACGUGCCUGUUCAUGGAGCUGUCGGAGGAGUCGGCGUCCGCGUUCGACGUGGAGAAGGUGGAGGACGAGUUCCUGGCGAUGCUGGAGGACAAGUACUGGGCGAGGAGCAAGGAGAUCGAGAAGGGGCUGAGCGUGAGCCUGGACAUCGGGCUGGACCUGGGCCUGGACCUGGAUUCGCUCAUCAAGGAUGCCGAGAUGGAGCUCUCCAAGGCCGAGCAGGCGUGGAAGAGCAAGAUCGGCGCCGCCAUUGUCGAGGAGGAGGAGUACAAGGAGCUAGUCCGGAGGUGGAGCGCCAGGGAGACGCCGAACUCCUACUACUCUGCUGCUUCCACCGGCUGCUCCUGGGAAUUUGGAUUCGGGAGUCCGAUCUGA